AGAUGACCCCAAAGUAAUUGUUGCCAACCUUACAUGCAGAAAGCCAGACCAGCAUUUCAAGCCUUACUUGAAACAGCACCUGCCUAAACGCUUGCACUACGCUAACAACCGAAGAAUUGAGGAUGUCCACUUACUCGUGGAUCGCAAAUGGCACGUGGCAAGGAAAGCUGUGGAUGUUUACAAGAAACCAACAGGAAAAUGCUUCUUUCAUGGAGACCAUGGGUAUGACAACAAGAUAAACAGCAUGCAGACUGUCUUUAUAGGUUAUGGUCCUACCUUCAAAUACAAGACCAAAGUACCUCCUUUUGAAAAUAUUGAGCUUUACAAUGUGAUGUGUGAUCUGCUUGGGUUAAAGCCUGCUCCCAAUAAUGGCACCCAUGGAAGUUUAAAUCACCUGCUGAGAGCCAAUGUUUAUAAACCAACUGUGCCAGAUGAAGUUGCCAAGCCACUCUAUCCUGUCGCUCUGCCUUCUGCAUCAGAUUUCGAUAUAGGAUGUACAUGUGAUGAUAAGAACAAGUUGGAUGAACUCAACAAGCGCUUUCAUGUCAAAGGAACAGAAGAGAAGCAUCUUCUAUACGGGCGCCCCGCAGUACUGUACCGCACAAAAUACAAUAUCUUACAUCACCAUGACUUUGAAAGUGGCUACAGCGAAACAUUCCUGAUGCCUCUCUGGACAUCCUACACUAUUUCCAAACAGGCAGAGGUAUCGGGCAUUCCAGAGCACCUGGUCAGCUGCGUGAGGCCCGACCUCCGCAUUUCUCCAGGACACAGCCAGAGCUGCGCAGCCUACAGAGGCGACAGACAGCUCUCCUAUGGCUUCCUUUUCCCUCCUCAAUUAAGUUCCUCUGCAGAAGCAAAAUAUGAUGCUUUUCUUAUAACAAAUAUCAUUCCAAUGUAUCCUGCCUUCAAAAGGGUGUGGAACUAUUUCCAAAGAGUUUUGGUGAAGAGAUAUGCCACUGAACGAAACGGAGUCAAUGUUAUAAGUGGACCAGUCUUUGACUAUGACUAUGAUGGCUUACAUGACACACCUGACAAAAUAAAACAGUUUGUGGAAGGCAGCGCCAUCCCCAUUCCUACUCAUUACUAUGCCAUCAUAACCAGCUGCUUAGAUUUCACUCAGCCAGCCGACAAGUGUGAUGGACCACUCUCUGUUCUCUCAUAUAUCCUUCCCCACCGGCCUGACAAUGACGAGAGCUGCAAUAGCUUGGAGGAUGAAUCAAAGUGGGUUGAAGAUCUUCUUAAGAUGCACACUGCACGUGUGCGUGACAUCGAGCAGCUCACAAGCUUGGAUUUCUUCCGAAAGACCAGUCGCAGCUACACAGAAAUCCUCUCCCUAAAGACACACCUGCAUACGUUUGAAAGUGAAAUUUAACUUCCUAACCUUACUCAGUGCAUCCUUUUAUCAACUGGUGUAUAUUUUUAUAUUGUUUUUAUAUUUAUUAAUUUGAAACCAAGACAUUAAAAAUAUUAGUAUUUUAAUUCUGUAUCAAAUCUUAAAUAUUAAACCCUUGUGUCAUUUGUUUUGUUUCUCUAAUGUUUAAUAUAGGUAUGUCUCUUGGUUUAUUUAGUAGCAUUUGUGAUACUGCAGCUUGAGUCCUUACUCUGAGCUUUUAAGUGGUGCUGCAGGAUUUGAUACGUGCAUCAAGGAAAUAUUAAUUUCCCAUGCUCCUUUACCACACUUGUAGUCCUGUACUCUGUAUCAAAAUACUGACCAUGUAAAAUUACAUUCAUUUACUGUUAACUGUGUGACAGACAUAUUUAAACCCUAUAAACAGGUAGCAUCUUAAAUAUAAUAAACCACACAUUCAGUUUU